AUGGAUCUCGACGCCCGCUUUCAGUUGAAUACGCGCGUGCUUCGUCGCUUUGAUCCAUGUAUGACACGUAUACUGGGCAUUGCUUCGUUUGCAGUUCUGUACAGCUUUGAUAAAGAAUGGACCAAGACGGGCACAGAAGGCCCCCUCUUUCUUUAUGAACGGUCAGAAGAGCCGUAUUAUUGCAUGCAGAUUCUAAAUCGCGACGAACCAGAAAACUUUUCCGUCGGCGUCACCCCACAGGAUGACAUUGAACUUAGCAAUGAGUUCAUUAUUUAUCGAUCCAGCCAGAAGGAUGAUGCAGGCAACGAAGAUAUCUGUGGCUUUUGGAUUUAUGAACCUUCACAACUCGAGCAGCUUGGUAAACUUAUCCUCUCCCUCAAGGAAGGACCAUAUCCGCCACCACCUGCUCCUACCACGACUUCACAAUCCAUCGAUAUGGAUGCCCUGUUUAGUGGUGCGCCUAAGGCUGCCGCUACGCCACCACAACAGGUCCCUGUCUUCACCGAGGAGGACAAAACGGGUGCGUCCAUUCUCAAUGCCCUCUUCCACGACGCGGCUCCUUCCGGAACUUGGAAUCCCGCCGAAGAGGCCAUUAAACCGUCUGUGCACGAACAAGAGGAACCAUCGCCUUCAGCUGAGCCUGCGGCGUUAGAAAGCGAGAAUGCUGAGACCACAAGCACUAUCGUGUCGGAGCCUUUGGAGAAGAUCUCGGAAACAACCUCUACAUCGCAGCCAGUCUCCCAGGAAGAGGUGAGGCCUGCCUCUCAGGUGGAGCAAUUGCCUGUAAAUAAGGGUACAUCGAUUAGCUUGGAUGACCUCUUUGCGCAAACAACUCUAAGUGCUCCCAUCACAACAGACGCGCAGGAAACUACAACUGUGCCAGACGUGUCAGAGAAGCUUACAGCUCCACCUGCCCCUACAGAAGAGAAGGAAACCUCGAAGAAAAAUGAAGAUGUGACGUCAGCACAGAUUCUGGGUCUCUUGGCACCUGAAGAAACAGCAGUGCGACUCCCUGUAACUAAGUCGAUUCCCACACGAGCAGAGUUUGUGCAACGUCUUGUGGGGCUUCUUUGUACCGACAUGGACUACGUGGAUCAACUCUAUGCGCGAUACCGUGCUUUGCAUGGCGCUUAA